UUCCUUUCCUUUCCUUUUAUCUUUAUUAUAUCCUCUUUACAAUAUUAAUAUGAAUAUUCAACAAAUAGAACAGCGAGAAAUGGUCAGAAGACAAGGCAAUAUAGCACAUUAUUACAAUUCAAAUCGAUUUAGAGUCUAUUGUUGUGGAUGUAUAAGAAGUGAAUCUAAUUUUGCACUUAUAUGUUUCUGUUGGGCGGGAAUUAGUUUUUAUUUCUCUGUUUCGUCUUUUAUGCAACAGAGUCCAUUUUAUUCUCAUAUAAAGGAUGUUCCAUUAAUCAUAUUUGGGGCUGUCAAUCUACUAUUUGGUAUUAUCACUCUUUUCAGUUUUCUAAUAUUUCUAUCUAGGAGGAGUAGAUUAAGAAUGUUACCAGGUCCAGGAUUUAUUAAAAUCUUAACUGCAUCCAAGACAACUGUAUUAGCUAUUACUGCUAAUGCACUUGGUGUGUUAGCGAUUACAUUAAUCAAUUUUGUCUAUUUUGUGACAGAUGAAGUAGCAUUCAAUAAGUGGUGUAUUCAAGAAUCAGUCAAUCAUUACAAUACCACUCUCCCAGAUUAUCAGAACGAUACUAUUCCAUCAAACACUUCUACUAGAAACCCAAUAAACUCUACUGUAGAUAUUUAUAACUGUAAAAGAUUAUACCAAAGUGAAAUUAAAUGGUCUUUAUUAGCUAUGAUCAUUAUGUUUAUUGUUUAUAUUCAUUGGAUAUUGAUUAUUGCUGCUAAACAAUCCUAUAACUUUUACCGUAGACCGCCCAUGUUAAAUAAUAUGAAUGAAUUUGGAAAUAUAGCUCCUUCUGCUUACAGAAAACAUAGACUCGAAAAUAAUAAUAAGAAUCCUUUACUUGCAUACAAGAAACCUUCCAAAAAGACAAAUUUGCUAAGGAGUCUUUUAGUUCAUAAACAAUAUGAUGAAUUUCAGUUUGGAAAUGAUGAAUUAAUGACAGCUAUUGUAGAUGAUAAUGAUAUACUUGUUGCUGAUAAUGAGAAAAGGCCUACGACAAAAUUUAUUCAAUUUACAGAUGAUAAAUCAAAGGACUUGAAGCCUCCAGGGAAAGUGCUUAUAUUAUAGCUAACAAUGAUAAUAAAUAUAUCUGUCAAAAAUUCAUAAUCCGAAA